UUUUUUUUCUUAAGAAACACUUGUAAUUGUAAUUCAAAAUAAUGAUAAUGAUAAUGAUACACCAUUCUAGAAUGAUAGAUACAAACAAAACAUUCCCUUUAACACGUAUAAGGCUAUCAAUUCUCCAUGUCAUGACCCUUAUCAAAAACCUUCAAUAAUUAUAUAAUCCAUUGAAUCUUUUCCCCUUCUACUCAUCUUCUUCUUAUUCAUAAACUAGAAAAACACACAUUGAGCUUUAAAACCAUGGCAAAGAAAGAGAUGGAAGUUGUAAGGAGCAUAGACUUAAAACGAUACAUGGGCAGAUGGUACGAAAUAGCUUCUUUUUCAUCAUUUUUUCAGCCCAGAAACGGAGAAAACACAAGGGCUACAUACACGUUGAAUGAAGAUGGUAGUGUUCAUGUCUUAAAGGAGACUUGGAGUAAUGACAAGAGAGAUUACAUUGAAGGGACUGCUUAUAAAGUUGACCCCAAGAGUGAUGAAGCCAAACUAAAGGUCAAAUUCUAUGUGCCUCUAUUUUUGCCCAUCAUACCUGUUGUGGGAGAUUACUGGGCAUUGUAUCUUGAUGAAGAUUAUACGUAUGCUCUGAUUGGUGAACCUCGACGGAAGUAUCUAUUGAUACUAUGCAGGAAAACCCAUCUUGAUGAGGAUAUAUAUAAUCAGCUGGUUGAGAAGGCGAAGGAAGAAGGGUAUGAUGUGAGCAAACUAAAGAGGACACCACAAGCAGAUCCACUGCCUGCUGAAAAUGGAGGAACCGAUACUAGAGGGGUUUGGUGGAUUAAAUCGCUUUUCAGAAAAUAGCCGAGAGUGUUGGUGUCGCUUAGUGUGGAGUGAAGAGUAUGCGUUUGUGUAAGAUUUUUGGGAAAUAGCCGGGAGUGUUGGUUUUGCAUAGUGUGGAGUGAAGUGGAGUGUAAAUUUAAAAUAAAAAAGUAUGUAAACAAGAAAAUAUAUAUUAUUAUUAUAAAAAUAAAAUUACUAUUCAUGAAUAAGGAAACUAUAUAUAUUAUUAUAAGAAUUAAACUACUAUUCAUACUCACUUUCAAAUUAUAAAUAUAUUAAAGAAAUAUAAUUUGUUAUAAUAUGUAGGAUCGUGUACGUGGUAGCGGGUGUGACGAUGUUGAGGUCAUGAAAACGACUUUAAAAAAUUACCAAUCAAAAUAUUCGAGUGGUUUUCAUCAUGUUGGGUCAAGAAAGUAGUAGUUCGGGCCAGAAAAGAAAGACAUCAGAUUCGGGUAAUGUUAGGAUCCGAGAUUGAUAUUGUUGUAAAAGUUUUAAAGAAAUCAAUGGAAGAAGAUAGUUUAAAUGAA